AUGGCGUCGCCGCCCACGAAAGCCGCCAUGGGCGCCGUGGAAAAGCUCAGCUACGAGAUCUUCUCCCUGCUCGAGAGCAAGUUCCUCUUCGGCCCCGGCGUGACGCCGGCGCGGGCGCUUCUGGACGGCGGGCGCGUGCGGGUGCUGGCGAUCGACGGCUGCGGCGGCGCGGGCGCCGAGGACGCGCUCCUGGCCGCCGCCGCGCUCGCGAGGCUCGAGGCCGGGCUGCGCGACCACACGGGCGACCCCGACGCGCGCGUGGCCGACUUCUUCGACCUCGCGGCGGGCGCCGGCGCGGGGGGAGUGCUCGCGGCGAUGCUGUUCCUGAGGGGCGCCGACGGCCGCCCGCGGUACACGGCCGACGAGGCGCUCGCGUUGGUGGCCGGGAGCGUCGUCGGGAAGAAAGGCUGCUGGGGAGGCCGGCGCGGGCCUCGGUGGGCGAAGCUGUUCCGCGGCGCGCGGGUUGGCGACGACCGGUCGUUCCGCCGCGUGUUCGGCGACGCGACGCUCAGGGACACCGUGGCUCCGCUCCUCGUGCCGUGCUACGACCUCGCCACGGCCGCGCCCUUCGUGUUCUCACGCGCCGACGCCGUCGAGAGCGACAGCUUCGACUUCCGCCUCCGCGACGUGUGCGCCGCCACCUGCGCCGCGGGCGGCGCGCUCGCGAGCGUGAGGUCGGUCGACGGUGCCACGGCCAUCGCCGCCGCGUCCGGGGGAGUGGCGGCCAUGGGCAACCCGGCCGCGGCCGCCAUCACGCACGUGCUCCACAACAAGCAGGAGUUCCCCCUCGCCACCGGCGUCGAAGACCUCCUCGUUCUCUCCAUCGGCGCCGGAGCCUCCUCGGCCACCGUGUCCGUGUGCGACGGGUCGAGCACGCCCAUGCCCACGCGUUCUCCGUCGCCGCGGGAGCUGGCGCGCGUAACCGCCGAGGGCGUCGCGGACAUGGUGGACGAGUCAGUGGCCAUGGCGUUCGGGUACGCGUGUGGAUGCAACUACGUGCGCAUCCAGGCCGGCAAGGCGCCGGCGCCGCUCCACGCGGCCACCGCAUCCGCGGCAGCGGGAGCGAUGCUUGCGCAGAGGAACGUGGAGUCGGUGCUGUUCCGGGGGCGGAGGUUGUCGCAGCGGACGAACGCCGAGAAGGUGGACGCGCUGGCCGCGGAGCUGGUUAAGGAACAGGAGCGGCGGCGGCGCAUCCCGCUUCCGAACGUGGCCAUCAAGCAGGUGGCCACGCCGCGGCUGUCGUCGGCGACCACUACGUCGUCAGGCACCGCGACGGCAAGGACCGCGUCGACGAUGCCGUCGCCGGCGUCGUGGGAUUGUCGCCGAUAG